AUGUUAGAAACUAAACCAGUCAUUACCCCAAUUGACUGCAAGACCAAACUUGGUCUCGAUGGAGAUUUGUUAGCAGAUGCUAGUUAUUAUCAAAGGCUGGUUGGGAGGCUUAUUUAUCUUACUAUUACUCGUCCUGACAUCUCUCACGCAGUAAGCUUAGUAAGCCAAUUCAUGCAUUCUCCACGAUCAACUCACUUGCAAGCAGUCAAACGAAUUCUUCGUUACUUAAAGGGUUCCAUUGGUCGUGGUAUUUUGAUGAGGAAAAAUGGAACCAAUCGAAUUAUAGGGUACUCAGAUGCUGAUUGGGCAGGGUGUCAAAUUGAUCGGAAAUCCACCACAGGAUAUUGUACCUUCGUUGGAGGAAAUUUGGUCACAUGGAAGAGUAAGAAACAAAGUGUCGUUGCUCGUUCAAGUGCUGAAGCCGAAUACAGAGCCAUGGCUGCUGUCUCUUGCGAAUUAAUUUGGCUCCAGGGACUUCUCAAUGAUUUAGGCUUUAAAGACCCACAUCCCAUGACUCUCUUUUGUGAUAAUCAGGCUGCCAUUCACAUUGCUUCCAAUCCAGUGUUUCAUGAACGAACCAAGCAUAUUGAAGUUGAUUGUCAUUUUGUCCGAGAGAAGAUUCAGUCUAAUAUAAUUCGCACAUCAUACAUCCGCAGUAAUGAGCAACUGGCAGAUAUCUUCACCAAAGGACUUCCUUUAGCUCAAUUUGAAAACCUUUUGUUCAAGCUUGGCUCAAUCAAUAUUCUCGCCUCCGCUUGA